CCCCUGUGUGUGUGUGAGUGUGUGCAGGUGUCUCCAUCUCCUCCUCCUACUCCUCCAUCUUCCCCGUCACCCAGGCUCACCGCCCGCCCGCCCGCCUGCCCCCGUCAGCCCCUCGCCGCCGUCGUCCGUGCCCCCUCCUCCGUCGUCCCCUCCCUUGAGCGACCAAAGCACAAGACGAGCAGCCGGCGCCAUGAGCUUCCUAUUCAGCGGACGCUCGUCCAAAACAUUCAAGCCGCGCAAGGCUCUGCCUGAGGGCUCACGCCAAGCGGAGCUGCUCAAGCACGCGGAGGCGACGCUGGGCUCUGGAAACCUGCGGCUCGCCGUCGCACUGCCCGAGGGAGAGGACCUCAACGAGUGGAUCGCUGUCAACACCGUGGACUUUUUCAACCAAAUAAAUAUGCUCUUUGGAACUAUCGCCGAGUUCUGCACAGAGCAGAGUUGUCCGGUUAUGUCUGCAGGGCCCAAGUACGAGUACCACUGGGCCGACGGCACAAACAUCAAGCGCCCCAUCAAGUGCUCGGCGCCCAAGUACAUCGACUACCUCAUGACAUGGGUGCAGGACCAGCUGGACGAUGAGGCGCUCUUCCCCAGCAAGAUCGGUGUGCCCUUUCCCAAGAACUUCCUGUCGGUGGCCAAGAUGAUCCUGCGGCGGCUGUUCCGCGUGUACGCUCACGUGUACCACCAGCACUUCGGCAUCGUCACGCAGCUGCAAGAAGAGGCGCACCUCAACACCUCCUUCAAGCACUUCAUCUACUUUGUGCAGGAGUUCAACUUGAUCGAUCGGAGGGAGCUGGCGCCGCUGCAGGACCUCAUUGAGCGUCUCACCGCCAAGGACAGAUAGACGGAUCGCACGGCUCUCGCCUCGGUCACCGCCACCGUCCGUCGCCGACAAAACCACCGCCCGUCGCCGGCCACGACGAAAGCCCCGGAGUGAACGAUCCACGGCGCGUGCGGUUGAAGCAGCAAUACCCGAGGGGGGGCGGCGGCGGCGUCAUUGCGGAGACGGCGCCACCGGUGCGGGCGACGCAUUCCUCCUUUCCUCUCCCGCCCACACGGAGCUCCCAUCGCCCCCACCCUGAAACGUUCCGAUCCUCUUUCCGUUGUACAGAGUCCUAUGUACCAGGUGACCCAACCAGUUGUGCGAGCAGAGGUGUACUGGGGGAUUUUAUUGUAAUUGUUUUCGAUUUUAUCUUUAUUUUUUUUGGUUAGCUUCAUUGCUUUGUUUAAAUUGCAUAAUGAUUUUAUGGCCAGGAUCUGUAACAAAAAAAAUCCUCGAUUUCGUUGGAAAGUAAGAGUUUUGACGUACCACAUGAAGGUGAAAGGACAGUGUGUUCAUCGUUAUUCGUUUUAUUUUUUACCAUUAAUAUAUUUUAACAAUAUUUCACUUAUUUUAGUUGAUGGUAAUGUUAUGAACAAAGAUAUACCUAGUUUUAGCAGGCUUUUACGUUUUAGUGCAUGUGUGUAGGAAGCUUUGAGCUCACCUCGGAUGUGUGGCGAUACAGGCGUGCUUGCGUGUGAUGUCGUACGACAUUGUUAGCGUUUAUCGAUCGACAUUGUCCAUUUUCAGCGGAGUGAGGGUGGAAAAAAAGUGCCUUUCUUGCCGGGUCGACGCGCCCGUUGACGUCUCCCACGACUGCGGAGAACGAUGCGCAGUAGCCCACAUUUGCGGUGCAGAUGCUAAAAGGCCUUGUAAACACCUGUACUCGCACAGUUGCAUCCAGAAAUGUGUUUCAGGAGUCUCAGUUUUGUGCCGGCUUGACAAUGAUGGGCCGAACACAAUGCUGCCUCCUUGACAAACGUUGCCCUGAUUUUAAACUGGGGUCAAAAAACUUCAGAUGACAAUUUGAUGGAAGGAACACGGAUUGCUUGCAAAUUAAAAUCGCAAAGCCUCGUGGAAGGCAAACACAUUUAUGGAUGAAAACACAGUUUGUCAGUGUUCUGAACCUUUUAGUGUCACAAGUAAACGCAUCUGGAAGACAUCGACGUGCGAUUUGGCAGGUCUGGGUGUACAAUUGGGACACAGAAAACUUUAGCGCUUGGUCGGUCGGUUAGUCCCCCCCCCCCCGCCUGACGUUCCACAUUGCUGCCUGUCGUUCGUGACAGCGCUGCCAUAAACUUUACUGCGGAGACAUUUCCCCGGCACCGUCCCCUGCCUGGGCCGCUCGUCGGGGUCUCUGCUCGAGUUGCACCACUGCCUGUGCAGUUUCUUUUUGCGGUUGAAUAAUGCCGGUCUGGCCCACCAGCACCAGUACAGCUUGUGUUUUUUUGGGACGUAGGCUUUUUCAUGGGAUAUUACAAUUUUAAUUGACUCGUGCGCUCUAUAGGUUAACUUUUAGCGUUAUGAAGGUCAUCAAGCAUCGGUUAAAACAGUGUUUUGCUCGGAUUUGUUAACAACUGCCUUAACCUUGGGGGUGCGUGAAGGAGUUUUUCAUUGAACUCAUUCGGGCAAAGCAGUUCCUAACAAAGCGCGUUAUUAACUCGUAGGAGGAGUCGUUUGCUCGCUUAAGGAUUGCUCGUGGAUUGUACGAGGCUCACAUGAACACGUGACUGCAUGCAGCCCCAAAAACCCGGGGGGUCAGAUCCACACCCUCCCGGAUGAGCCCAGGGUUUUCCUGGGCACGACCACAUGGGGGUAUGAUUUUUUUUAUAAGCGUCGUUUUCCGUUCCUAAAGAAAUACAUUUUGAGUUCGUUUUAAGAGUAAAAUAAAAUGCGGUGCGAACUGAA